CAAGACUAAAACCAAACACCUUGAAAUUCCCCCGUUUCCCGUCGACAAAAACAAGGGCCAAGCUGGGAACGAGGCGGUGCGACUCGACUCGUUGGAAUCUCUCGACAGUACCCUGGAAUACACACAUGCUCUUACUUCAAUACACCUCAUAGAGUUUACAUGGCGUUGCCUCUUCCAUUCGUUCGGUAAACGCUGUUUUCCUGUACCUUUUACUUAGGCCGCGCUGCGCAACGGGCGCCACUACGUCAUGAAGUUUGCAAAGGAGCUCGAGCAAGACCUCGUACCAGAAUGGCGCAUCAAGUACCUCAACUACAAGGCCGGCAAGAAGUACGUCAAGGCCGUCUCCCGUGCCAUCAAUCGCGCCAACGGUAGCCCCCAAAACAACGCCAGCAAGAGCGAGAACCGCAUCGCCGCCAACUUCUUCCACAGCCAUUCGCCAUUCAAUAGCCAGAAACAUGGACACUCGCGAGGCGGAAAUCCCGACGAGCGGACCUCGCUCCGCCACAGCCCGGCCCCGGUCGGCUCAGCACGACAAAAGCCCGCGACACCAGCACGAGCGAUUCCCGUUUCCACCAGCCACGAACGUCAGGGGUUGAACAACGGGUCGACCGAUUUACAGUACGGGAGCUUCGUUCACACGCCGCCGAAUCAUGAUACCGGAGCCCCCUUGGACCGCAAGGCAACUUUUGAGCUGCCCGGGCCGGCAAUGCGCGUGCCUUCUCACCAGAGUGAUGCCAGCCCGCAGCCCGCUUCUGCCCAGGACGACCAGCCCACCCGCCAGGUACUGCAGAGAAGCGCCUCCAUGAUUGCGGAUGCCCCUCGCUCUUCUGGCCCGCCCCCGACCGAGCACGAGAACACGCCUUCAUCGCUACGGCUCCCCCACUCUGCGACAAUUGGAUCUGCCUAUAAUGCUUCGCCGAGAGGUGGUCUCAGGCGCCUGUUCUCAAACGCGUCACCUCUGAACCGAUCAGGGACGAACCCAGAGUACGGGCUCCAAGGGCUGGCUAUCGACCUAGUCCGGCAGAAGGAGAAGGAAUUCUUUGACUUUUUGGACUCUGAGCUGGAAAAGGUCGAGGCAUUCUACAAGUUGAAGGAGGACCAGGCCGGAGAACGUCUGAGUUUGCUUAAGGACCAACUGCACGAAAUGAGAAACCGGCGGACCCAAGAGCUGCAUGUCCAGAAGCAACAGGCAGAGAUCGACUUCCUCAACGGCGGACACGGCGACUCGGACGGUCCCCAAAAGGGCCCCCUCGGCUGGAUCGAUCCUGUAAAGUCCAAGAUCUUCCGCCCGGGGCCAAAUUCCAAGGCACUGUCGAAAAUGGCCCAGACCCCAGUCAUGCGCCCGAAAGGCGGCGACGCAGGACGGGACUACAUCCGACGACCCCACGAACAUGACGUCCCGUACCGAACCGCCAAACGCAAGCUCAAGCUCGCUCUGCAAGAGUUCUACCGCGGCCUCGAACUGCUCAAGUCCUACGCUCUCCUGAAUCGGACUGCGUUCCGCAAGCUGAACAAAAAGUACGACAAGGCUGUCAACGCCCGGCCCCAGUACCGCUACAUGAACGAAAAAGUCAGCAAGUCGUGGUUCGUCAACAGUGACGCUGUGGACGGCCAUAUCAAGGCGGUGGAAGACUUAUAUGCUCGGUACUUUGAGCGUGGCAACCACAAACUCGCGGCUGGCAAGUUGCGAAGUCUGAGUCGCAGACCGGGAGACGAGUCUGGGAGUGCAUUCCGCUGCGGAAUCCUCCUUGGUACUGGACUGGUUUUCGCCAUCCAGGGCGCCGUCUUUGGCGGCCAGCUGCUGUUCGACAAGGAUCCCGAGGUACGGUCACGCACCAGCUACCUCUUGCAGAUCUACGGCGGGUACUUCUUGAUGCUGCUUCUGUUCUGCAUGUUCUGUCUCAACUGUGCCAUCUGGACGCGGAACAAGAUCAACUACCCCUUUAUUUUCGAAUUCGAUACCCGGCAUAAUCUCGACUGGCGGCAGCUAGCCGAGUUCCCUAGCUUGUUCACCUUCAUCUUUGGAGUGUUCAUAUGGCUCAACUUUAGUGAGUACGGGACGAACGAGGUGUAUGAAUACUAUCCCGUAGUCCUGAUUGCUAUUUCCGUGUUCAUCAUCUUCCUCCCGGCGCCUAUUUUCAUGGCAAGGAGUCGAAGGUGGUUCGCCUACGCUCAUUGGCGCCUAUUGCUGGCUGGUCUGUACCCAGUCGAGUUCCGAGACUUCUUCCUCGGCGAUAUUUACUGUUCCUUGACGUACGCCAUGUGUAACGUCGAACUGUUCUUCUGUAUAUACGCCAACGCUUGGGAGAACCCGGCCCAGUGUAACUCCAGCCACUCCCGACUGCUCGGCUUCCUAGGCGCCCUGCCUCCCAUCUGGCGUUUCCUACAAUGUCUGCGUCGUUACAAGGACACGAGGAACAUCUUCCCUCACCUCGUCAACGGCGGCAAGUACACAAUGUCGAUCAUGGCCGCCGUCUCCCUCUCCAUGUACCGCAUCAACAACACCCACGGCAACCUCGCAAUGUUCAUCACCUUUUCCUCCAUCAACGCAAUCUACACAUCAAUCUGGGACCUCUUCAUGGACUUCUCCCUCCUUCAACCCCAAUCCCGGCACUGGCUCCUCCGCGACAUCACGGCCCUCAAGAAACGCUGGCCCUACUACUUCAUCAUGGUCACCGACCCAAUCCUCCGCUUCGCCUGGAUCUUUUACGCAAUCUUCACCCACGACACACAGCACUCCACCAUCGUCUCCUUCCUCGUCGCCCUGGCCGAGGUCUCCCGCCGCGGCAUGUGGACUCUCUUCCGCGUCGAAAACGAACACUGCGCCAACGUCGCGCAAUACAAGGCCUCCCGCGACGUCCCCCUCCCGUAUCGCAUCGAACCCCUCGUCGCGCCUCGGUCUUCGAUUGAAAGUGACGCUGGUAAAGAUGGCAAGGUACCAGAAGAAACGACCAGCGAGGCCGCAGUAGCAUCCGCUGCUUCUACCGGCGGCGGCCCUACUACCACAUCCGCAACGACCACCGCCAGACCAGCGGCGUCAUCCGACCCCCGCGCCGAGGAAUCCGGCACCCUCAGACAGAGAGUCAUGUCCGGCAUCACGCCCAUCCAGCGCAGCUUCUCCAAAAUCAUCGCUGAGGCGCACAGGCAGGACUUCGAAAAGAGAAGGAAACCCGUCGACGCGGAGACGGAGCAGCUGGAAGAGGCGGGCGGGAUGGCGAGCGAUGACGACGACGAGGGGUCUGCUUCUGACGACGACGAGGAAGGGAUCCGGUCUGGUGGGUCGGAGGCGGAUUCGAUGGAGAUAAGGCAGGUGAAUGGUCUUGUGCGUGAUCGUGGGGGACGGUCGAUUCAUCAUAAUUAGGAGUUGGUGUAGGGUCUCGGCGUAGGGUCUGCUUACGACUAAUGAGCAGACAUUGGAGCAUUAUUAAUUCGCAUUAGCAUUCUUGUUUGAACAAUGGGAAGAACAAACACUGUCUUAAGAAGUGGUUGCGUGAAUAUUGACUUGGAACGUAACCAAAAUGAUGCGUCUAAUUUGUGCUGGUACAUAUUGUAUAAAUCUACAAGCAAUCGUAACUUCGUGCUUCUCUACGGUGACACCCACGCAGUACGCCGCGCUUGAACAACCUCACUCCUACUCCUCGCCUACCAAAUAUCUAGAGUACUUAUAUACGUUCACCUCUACUCCGUGCCAUCUUGGUUUACCCAUGAACAAUUACUGCCACUCCGCGUCAACCUUCUCAAAGAGAUCCAAGAACCCCUUGAAGAACUUGACGCCCAAACCAGGGUCCAGCGCACCCGUCGUGGCGCGGAUGGAGUGCAUGCUCAACUGCGGCAAUCCCGCAUCCGCAGCCCUAACACCCAUGGCGGAGCUGAGCAUGGGUCCAACAGUGCCACCGCUGCGGGUAUCGUUGCGGAUCUGGAACGUCUGCGUCGCGGACCCGCUCAGCUCGCCAACACGCUGUAGGAUGGCCGUGGAGACGGCGUCGGUGGUCAUGUGGCCGUUGCUGUCGCCGCAGAUGGCGAUACCAACGUUGAGCUUGGGGAUGUGCUCGUCCAGGUACAGACCCAGGAAGUUGGGGUUUCCUGCGUGGGUUACGUCCGCAGACAGGAGGAAGGAGGAGGCAAAGGUCUGGCCAAUGACGUUUGAACCGAAAGCGACGUCGGCAUGUUCGCUCAGGGCCUCGACGGCGCGCUCGAUGGUGAGGGGGAGGAAGUUGCCUCGGGCGCCCUGGCGGAGGAGGGAUCCGAUUUCCUCGUCGUCGAAGAGGGCCACGAGCUUGAUUAUGCCGUCUUUGGGGUCCGAGUCGGCUGCGAGGAGACCGGUGAGGGCGGCCCAGGAGCAAACCUUGUCGUCGAUGCGGCCGCCAAAGAUGAAUUCGCGGUCGAGACCACCCGUCUGCGCGGGCUGGGAGUCGUAGAGUUCGAGUUCCCAGUUCACGAUUUCGGUAGGGGAGGCGAGGCCAAGCUCCUUGGAGACGAGCUUGACGAGCUUGGGGGGCUGGGUGUUGACGAAGGCGCCCUUGGGGCCGAGGGGUUCGACAGGGGUGGCGGAGGCGGCGUCCGGGUCUGAAGAGUCGAGGCCGAUAAUGGGGACGGCCUGGGUCUCCGGGUUGUUUUGGCCCAUCAUGCCGACGCCGAAGUGGGGUGCGAGGGUGGGGAUGCGGGCGAUGGGCCAGUCGAGGCGGACGAGCUUGGUAGACGUCUUGUUGGUCUCGGGAUCGCGGACGAUAACACGGCCACCGAUGGAGAGGUCUCGGUCCCACCAGGUCUGGUUGAGGGCACCAGCGUAGGGGGCGACGCCGAGCUGAUGGUAUCCGGCACGGGUGGGCUUGGAGCUGACAGGCUUGAGCUUGGCGGUGAGGGCGUCGAUGUGGCCGGCGAUCAUGGCGACACCGUUGCCGGGCUUGUAGGACUCGCCGACGGAGAAGGCGAUAAGAGCAGAACCAUUGCGGGUGGUCCAGUAUUUGCCUCCGGGCUGGACCUUGGAGGUCCAGCUUUCGCGGGCGGGAAGCUCAGUAUAUCCUGCGGCAGCGAGCUUGUCCUUGAAGUAGGAGACGGCGUGGAAGAUUGUGGGGUUCUCAGACAGGAAGUCGACAAAGGGCUGGGUGUAGGCCUCUGGUUUACUGGCGGCAACGGCGCAGAGCUUGCAGGCGGCCGGGUUGGCGGCGCGAACGGUCUGGCGGACCUCGCUGUAGCGGAGGGUAUUCCAGCAGGACUCGCAGACGGGGUUCUGGGAGGCUGGGCGGCCGUUCAUGUCGGCGAGGAGGAAGUGCUUCGAGGCCGGGCCCGGGGCGGCGGCGGCGGUGGUGGAGGCGGACAUGGAGGGCGCGGGGGAUUGAGAGCGCGAGAGAGCUUCGGCGUGCUCCAUUGCCUGAAGGCGGAGAGAGAGGGAAGAGACGCGGGAGCGAAGGGAGUCGGGAGUGUGUUUGGUCAUGGCGGGCGAGGCGUCGAGGGGGUGGGUUGCUUGAACGGUGGUGUUUGAGUUGGAGAUGAGGAAGCGGUUCAUUGACCCUCAAUGCGAUGCGCGCUGCCUGAGAAUUGGAAUGGGUAAGGUUGCGCGAUGCUGUGGAGGAUAAAUGCGCGGUGGAUGUCGUAGAGAAGAGAGUAGAAGAGUCAAGGUCAGACAAACAAGGUGACAAGGUAGGAAGAGGCGGAGUGGGAAUCGUAGAGGUUGGCGGUUGAAGACACCUCAGCUGGA